UCUGCUCGCUUCUCUCCUCUUCAGCCUUCCCUGCCUGUCAGAAAGGUGUUCCAGUGUAGUGGAGGCUAGGUUACCCUCCUCCCGGACCCCGUACGAGAGCCAGCCGCCGUCGUACACCAAGGCUCGGGCUCGCCCUCUCACGUCUCUGACCAUGGCAACCCCCGCUACUUCCACCAGGUUUACCGACGAGUACCAGUUGUACGAGGAGCUCGGGAAGGGAGCUUUUUCAGUGGUGCGUAGGUGUGUAAAGAAGUCAUCAGGACAGGAGUAUGCUGCAAAAAUCAUCAACACUAAGAAGCUGUCUGCAAGAGACCAUCAGAAGCUGGAGAGAGAGGCUCGGAUCUGCCGUCUCCUGAAGCACCCCAACAUUGUGAGACUCCAUGACAGCAUUUCAGAGGAAGGCUUUCAUUACCUAGUCUUUGACCUGGUGACAGGAGGAGAGCUCUUUGAAGACAUUGUAGCCAGGGAGUACUACAGUGAGGCUGAUGCCAGUCAUUGCAUUAGUCAGAUCUUGGAGAGUGUCAAUCAUAUCCACCAGCAUGAUAUUGUGCACCGAGACCUCAAGCCUGAGAACCUGUUGUUGGCCAGUAAGAUGAAGGGAGCUGCAGUGAAGCUGGCAGACUUUGGCCUUGCUAUUGAAGUACAGGGAGACCAGCAGGCUUGGUUUGGAUUUGCGGGCACCCCUGGUUAUCUCUCGCCUGAAGUCCUAAGGAAGGACCCUUACGGCAAGCCUGUGGACAUAUGGGCUUGUGGUGUUAUCCUCUAUAUCUUGUUAGUGGGGUAUCCUCCAUUCUGGGAUGAAGAUCAACACAAACUCUAUCAACAGAUUAAAGCUGGGGCAUAUGAUUUCCCCUCCCCAGAGUGGGACACGGUGACUCCAGAGGCAAAGAACCUGAUCAACCAGAUGUUGACCAUCAACCCAGCCAAGAGAAUCACUGCUGAACAGGCCCUCAAACACCCAUGGGUCUGCCACCGUUCUACAGUGGCAUCCAUGAUGCACAGACAGGAAACUGUCGAGUGUCUCCGCAAGUUCAAUGCUCGCCGAAAACUCAAGGGAGCCAUUCUCACCACCAUGCUGGUGUCCAGAAACUUCUCAGUGGGCCGGCAGCAUACCAACUCUGCUGCUGCCGCCUCCUCCACGGCCUCACUGGCUCAGGAAGCAUGCAAAAGUUUACUGAACAAGAAGUCAGAUUCUGCUAAGCCUUCUACCAACAACAGUAAGAACAGUAUAGUGAGCGCCAUCAAUGCCCUGAAAGACACCAACAUGGCGACCAACGCCCAGAUGGAGUCGCAGAGCACAGUUGUGCACAAUCCUCCCGAUGGCGUGAAGGGAUCGACAGAAAGCAACGCCACCAACGACGAGGAGGAAAUGAAAGGUAGGAAAGCGGACAGUUCGGCGCUGAGUCAGAGCAGCGCCACAGAGGAGAUGCCCCCACUUCUACCCUCACCUCAAAGCUCACCUGCCAUUCCACCGCAUGAUGUAAAGCGCAUGGCAUGGAACAGCACAGGCAACAGCUCCUGCCCCGAGUCUGAUCUCUCGCAGUCCUCCUUGCCUGCUGCUCCACUAGGGAGCAACACUGCUAAAAGCAACACUAAGCAGACUCGUAAACAGGAGAUCAUCAAGAUAACAGAGCAGCUGAUUGAGGCAAUCAACAAUGGAGACUUCGAUGCCUACACGAGGAUUUGUGACCCUGGUCUUACUUCUUUUGAACCAGAGGCCCUGGGGAACCUGGUGGAGGGCAUGGACUUUCACAAGUUCUACUUUGAAAACUUGCUCAGCAAGAACAACAAGCCGGUGCACACCACCCUUCUCAACCCACACGUGCACCUGAUCGGUGAGGAUGCGGCGUGCAUCGCCUACAUCAGACUCACGCAGUUUGUGGACACCACGGGCCACCCUCGCUCCAGCCAAUCAGAGGAGACCAGGGUGUGGCAUCGCCGCGAUGGCAAGUGGCUCAAUGUUCACUUCCACUGCUCAGGAGCACCUGCUGCACCACUCCAGUGAUCAGUGGUCCUGAGCCUCCAGUCUACUGGAGUGUAUGUUUUGGGGGGCAGUUUUUUUCAGCGAGCGUGUUUAAGAGGCACGUCCUCAGCGUGGAUUGGCUAGUGCCAGGAGCCCGGCCGGGCGAGAUCGCAUCCCUCUCCACGAUACCAACCAAUCCUGUCCCUCCUUUGACCUGCUGGGGUUGUCGGCUGAAGACAAGACACCGCCCCCAUGGGAUGAUGCAUGCAUCUGGCGCCUGAUUGGAGGGCGCAUCUUUGCCCUCUAUCCCUCCCCUGGCAGCCAUCUUUUUUCUGCCCGUGCGAGAUGAGACGUCCUGGGGGAGGAGAGGAUUUACAGUUGAACUUGUGACAGUUUAUGAGUAUGAGUUAUGAAUAUACUGUGUAAAUUAUGACUAAAUGUACCAGAAACCACCAGAACCCAACCAAGCAUUUAUAGUCACUAUCUAAUAAGGGAGGAAACAGGGAGGCAUGUGAUGUUAGCUGAGAUUUUGGACACAUUUUGGCAUUCUAGGGAUUACUGGGUAGAAAGUGUUGUGCUUGUUUACCUGGACGUUGAUGUAAAGAUGUAGGGAGGCUUUCCCUCAACUGAAGUAAAGAGGGAAAAACCAAUGGAGUCGGCUCAGUCAGAGAACUUGAUGACGAGAGAAUCUUGAUAUAAAAAAAAAAAAAACAUGAACCACCAAAGUGUAGAACUUUAGGCUUUUUAUGUGUUUUUGUUUGUGUGCUUGUUUUUUCCGACUGAACAGAAAAUCAAUCGUGUUGUCGUGGGAGGGGGCGUCUGAUUUUGACGUUGCGUGUUUCGUUGUGUUUUUAGCGUCCCGUUGUCUUUUCUGUUCCUGUGAUGAACCGGAGCCUUUCCUUUUUUUUUGUUCGUUCGUUUCGUGUUCGUUUGUUUUUUCGUUGUCUGACAGAUCCUACGUUUGAGGCUCCUUUUUUUUUUUUUUUAAAGCAGCUGUUUUUUAAAAAAAGAGGGAUUUUAUUGUGCAAGUUUAAUGUUAACCUGUGUGUUCUGUUGUGUCCGUAUGCAUUGGAGGGAGAGAGUGUGUGUGUGUGUGUCGGCAAAGGCAUGCAUGUUUUGCAUAUUUGCUCACUGCCUCUCCCUCAUUCACCACAUCCUGCUCUCUUUCCCUCUCCUCUCUCUUUAACCAUUCCCUCUUUUAACCUUCCCUUUCUGCUCCUUUUUCUUUGUUCCUUGCAAGGGCCUGGUUUGUUAAUAAUCACUGUGUAAAUGCAGUGAAUGUAUAGAAAUAUGUAGAAAAGUGUAAUAUAUGUACAUGUAUCUAAGAGACACUCAUCCUGUGCAUCUGGGUUAGAGGAGCCACACUUUAACCUCUGUGGUCCCUCGGCGAGCUUAGGGUGCAACAUGUUUUAGUCCAAUUUUGAUUUGCUUAAAAAAAAUUUCACCUUCAAAAAAAAUUUUUGGCUGCUGUUGCUUAGAAUACACACUUGUUGGCCGCAAGAGGAAUAAAAGGAAUAAAAAAUAAUGGCAUGAAUUUACUUUGACGCCUGUGCCCAACAAAUCUGUUUUUAAAUAUGAAAAAACAACAACUUUGUUAUGGUUUUCUUAACUCCAGAUCCCACAAUGCUGUGAGCCAUUUCUUCAUAUCAUAUUCUCUCUCUCUCUCUCUCUCUCACACACACACACACACACACGCCUGGUGGUGUGUCUCAGCUUUGUAACAUAUCUGCACCACUACUGUGUGACCAGGGCACCGCCCCUUGCUCUGCUGCUUUAUUGUCUCCAUCCAUCAGCGACACUUGUAUCUAACUCCCCCACCGGUGUUCACCUAAGUCCCCGCUAUUGAGAUGUUCACUUGUUCCUUUCUCUGUUGAUUCUCUGGUCCUGUUACUGGUUUUUGAUUCUUCGUUAUUAUUAUUAUUGUUAUUUUUUUUUUUUAAAUGAGUUCUUGUUGUCGUUGACUGUCGCUGUUGCUGUAACUUGUCGUUUGGUAAUUUGCCGAUCUGCCAAGCUGGAGUUCUGCACUCUCCCUCGCACGCGAGAGAACAACAAAAAAAACAAAACAAAAGGGAAAAGAGGGACAACACAAAUUCACAGAUUGAAUGAUCAUGGAUUGGUCCGGACUAAAUUAUUUAUUAAUGUAAUCUACCCUCAGUGGUUUUAAGUGGUGCCUGCUCAGUUGAGAGUUUUGGAAGCCGGAGAGAGAGUGUGUGAGUUGAUGAUGUGGGUGUGCAGGUUUUUUGCGACCCACACUGUUGAACCAGAGCGGGAGACCUAGUUAUAUGCAUGUUUCAGUUACGCAUUUCUACCAUGUACCUACCCGAGUAAGGAUGGAGCCUAGUGUUAAUAUAUGAUAUUUGCAUCUUUUGAACUAAGAAUUUCCUCCAUCCAGAAUGUUGAAUAGGUGACAUGAAAAACAUUACGGGAAAAAAAUAAAAACAAAAAUAAAAAAAAGCAAAAUUUAAAAAAUGAAUAAAUGGAAAAAAAAACAAAAAAAAAACUGAUUAAGGAGCCAUAGCUUGGUAUGAGGCCCUUGAUGUUAGCGUUUUCCCUGCGUUGUAAUGAUAUACUAUUGGGCUGCGCUUUCUCCCCCAGCCUUUACAUGGAUGCUGGAGUUUUUUUGCAUGAUCAUGAUGUACAAUGAAAUACAACCAUGAAUUGACGACUAUCAAGUGUUUGUCUGAGUGUUAGUUGGUCUUCAUCAUAGCUUUGUUAUUCUUCGAAACUUGGAUCUUGAAAGUAUUUAAUAAAAAUACUAUUUCAGCACUG